AGCUCGCCGCCGGAGCGUUUGGCGCUCACUUCUCGAGAAGACGUCGACUGGAUCGGAUCGGUGAUCGGUAUACGGAACAACAAGAUCGUAACGGGUCGGAUCGGAUCGGAUCGGAUCGGAACGUAACGCACCGGAUAGGUUGUUUUUCGCGGCGGUUGGAUCGUAUUGGAGCUGUGGAGUUUGGCUUGGCGAGGGCGACAUCCGACGGAUGGGAAAUAUAAAUGUACGUGUUGUUGUCGUCGCUGGUUUAUGCUUCUGUGCGUCUGGUUCUCCAAUGUAAAAAUAAAAAUUGCUCCAAUAUGUAUGCGCGAAACUGCUUUUGAAACAAUUUUUCGGUUAGUGGCCAAAAGCCUCGAAUGAGACAAGUACCAGUGCUGUGACCCAGUGCAUUGGUCAGGGUCUUUGGAUUCACGGAUUCGCUACGGUGGCCGCCGGGUUUUUGAAUUGUUUUGAACGUAUUUUGAACGAGCGUACCGUAAGCAAUUGAGCAUGAAAGUGGUUUGCUUGAUUUUGGAAUUCCUGACUGUGGUACAACUGCUGGUCGAAGCUCAGGGAGGCCAUGUCCAGGAGGCGAAGAGGUCGAUAAAUGAGAUACGAGAUGUACUUCAUCAUCCCCGGCACCACCACCACUCCCACCACAGCUCCAGUUGGAUGGAUGGUCGGCGGGUGCACCGCCUGCGUAUGCCGCACCACCAGAGGUGGAGUGGGCGACGGCGCUCCAUUAGCCACCACCAGCCGUUCAGUCGGUGGUCCCAGUGGUCGGCUUGUGACGGAGAGUGCGUCCGCCGGAGGGAGCGCUUCUGCAAGGUGAAGCGGAAAUGUGGCCAUACCAAGCAUGUGGAGCAAAGCAAAUGCAGGCACUGCCAUCCUGCACCUCCUGUCGCUUGGCAGCCUCCUCCUCCUCCUGCUCCGUCGGUGAUUGUGGACGAGAGCCACUUCCGCGAGAAAGUCAUCACCCAGGCUCCCAGCCCACCGGCCAUAAUCAUCAAUGCCGCGGCUGCUGCCUCCAGUGGACCGAACUAUGAUCACCACAUCACCGAGUACAGGGCACCACCUACCUAUCCACCAACUCCACCACCCACACAACCUCCAACUCAAGCAACUACUCAGCCACCUCCCAAGCCCGUAGAGAUUGUGCGAUACCCGGAAAAGGACUUCUACAGCGACGAGGAGUCUGAUGGAGUGGUGGAUGCCGACGAAGAUCCGUACUACUCUGGGGAGAAUGGUGACUUCUUUGUCCUCAAGCGUCAUCGUCACAGGAGGCGGCAGCAGGGUCGCAAAAGGAGACCCCAGGGGGGUCGGCCGCAUCCCAAGCCGAGGGACUACUACGAUGAUGACUUCAUGGAUUUUGGGGAGAGGAAGUCGCUGAGGCCCAAAAAUAUGGUUGAAGAUGGCAGUGUGGAGGGCGAUAUCUUCCAAUACGAGGAUUUUGAUCUGGAGCCGGAUUCCCAAUACCAGGAUUCAGGGGAGGCUGAUCCUGAAUACCGCAAUGUCAGUUGGGUGCAGCCGCCGAAGGACGGUCAGGUCCUGCGGCGAAGACGCAUCUACUCCAAGUGGAGUAGAUGGACCAAGUGCUCGCCAAAGUGCACCACUCGGAGAUACAAAAAAUGCCGGAACAUCGAUCAGUGUGGCAGGGAGGUUCUCCGAGAAAUAGCAUACUGCUAUACGGAGGGCAGCUUCUGCCAGCAGUGGCUGCAAACCCAGUUCCAGAAAACACCUGCCUUUGAGACGAGACCCGGGCCAAGUUCUCCAGAAAGCGCCAUGCGCCGAAUGCACACGGCACAGCCAGAGGAGUCCAUCAACGACCUCAACUACAUUAUGACCGGAAAGGGAUAUCAGGGACUGGAGUAUAAGCCCCUGAAACUGAGCUGCGGCAUAGUUCGGAGCGGUACAGGACGCAGGAGCAUGUCCAACAUGUUGAAAAUUAUAGGUGGACGAGCAUCCAGGAAGGGGGAGUGGCCUUGGCAGGUGGCCAUUCUGAAUCGGUUCAAGGAGGCUUUCUGCGGCGGCACCCUCAUCGCUCCCAGAUGGGUCCUAACUGCUGCCCAUUGUGUGCGUCGGGUGCUUUACGUUCGAAUAGGUGAGCACAAUCUGGAGUACGAGGAUGGAACGGAAAUUCAGCUGAGGGUCCUGAAGAGCUUCACGCAUCCCAAUUUCGAUAAGAGGACUGUGGACAGCGAUGUGGCCCUGCUUAGGCUACCCAAACCGGUGAAUGCCACCACCUGGAUUGGUUACUCCUGCAUGCCACAGCCUUUCCAGGAGCUGCCCAAGAAUGUCGAAUGCACGGUGAUUGGAUGGGGCAAGCGUCGCAAUCGGGAUGUGGUUGGAACUAAUGUCCUUCACAAGGCAACUGUGCCCAUUAUAUCGAUGGGACAUUGUCGACGGGUCUACCACGACUAUACCAUCACAAAGAAUAUGUUUUGCGCCGGACAUCACAAGGGCCAUAUCGACACCUGUGCCGGGGAUUCGGGGGGACCGCUUUUGUGCCGCGAUACCACCAAACCCAACCAUCCGUGGACCAUCUUCGGCAUCACGUCGUUCGGCGAUGGCUGUGGCCAGAAAAACAAGUAUGGGAUCUAUGCCAAGGUGCCCAAUUACGUGAACUGGGUGUGGUCGGUUGUCAACUGCAAUGGCAACUGCAAGAUGCAUUAGGUGCAUCUACGGUGGGUACUUAGUAAUCGCGGAUCCGUCGUGGAUCCGACAACUUGCAGAGGCUGUGAAACACUUUAAUUACACUUCAAGUGUCCCGAUCCGUGCGAUCACCACGUCACAAUUCAUGAUGUGCUCAUUUUACGAUCCAAAAGCUAGUUAACUAGAAGUUACAGAACAUGGCUUUCCGUAAUGUAAUUUUGAACAAAAACGAUUCGAAAUUUAGACAAGCUAAUAUUUAUAAAAAAUAAAACAUAAAAACCAACACCUGUUGCGAUAUUUUGUCUAAUUUAAUUCUUAACACCAUAGUAAUGUUUAAUCAUAAGUGCAAAAAAUUGAAAGCCAAUUAACAUUGCAUAAGCUAAUUAGAAUAAAUGUUGUCUUAAGCACCAAUCCUCAGAUUGAUGAAAAAUAAAUCAUCUGACAAAUAUACAAUCCCAAGUUUCUUAAUAAUUAAACUAAUAAAAACAUUGCACUCUUGAAAAAGAAAUAAAAAAGUAAAACAAUUAUAAUUGUAUAAAUCGAAUUAAGUGCAAAUCGUUCAUGUAUUUUAAAUCAAAAUACUCAAUUCAGUGGCUUAAAUCUACACAAAUAUUAUAUAUAGGAAAAUAUAUUACAAUGGAAAGAGCAACCCCUGCCUUUUGGCAUACCAAAGAUUCACAGAUGUGUACAUUACUCAUUAGUUUAUUAUAUUGGUGUUAAAUGCUGCACACUUUUGCUUUCACAAUAAAACUAUUCAACGUGACCCCUAAACACUUUAAUUUUUUACUACUACGAGUACACAAUGGAUUUAUAAAAAACAAACGAUCACAAGAGAGAGGUGAGUGCGCUAGCACACAUGAAAAUAAUGCAUCUGUAUAAAAAACAUUUCGUAUAAAGAGCUACAGGAGUAGGGUUUGGGGGCGCAGUGUCGCCUACCGACCGGU